AUGGCCGACGGCAGCGCCAUCGAGGCCGCUUCGGUGGUGGCCAUCAAGAACGGCACCCUUUACUCAGAUGUCAUCGACUUCGCUAGACAAGCACGUGCUAAGGGGCUCAAGGUUCCCUUGCUGCUCAUGGGCUAUUACAACUCCUUCCUAGCAGCUGGAUGUGAAGAAACCUGCAAGGAGUGCUCAGCAGCAGGGAUUGAUGGCUUCAUCAUUGUGGAUCUACCAGUGGAGGAAUCUUGGAGAAUCAUGGCCCCCGCCGCCGCCAAGCACAAUCUGAGCCUCGUGCCGCUGGCGUCGCCCACCAGUGGACUGGAGCGCAUCCAGCAGGUGGCUGAAGCAGCCAUCAAUCCCACACCCGGCAUGGUCUACGUAGUGUCCCUGUUGGGCGUCACAGGCACCAGGGAAAGCGAACAGGCAGAGGCCAAGGCCAAUCGUCUCAAGGAAUGCCAGGCCGUGGUGGAGUCGGUGCGAGAUGCAGCCAAGAAGCUGGGCGCUGAGCUCCCUGUGGUGGUCGGCUUUGGCAUCUCGGAGCGAAAGCACGUGGAGGAGUUCGGUGCCUUCGCAGAUGGCUGUGUGGUGGGCUCCAGGAUCAUCCAGGAGCUUGGUAAGGGUGGUGUCGCAGCAGCUGGUGCUUUGGUGAACAAGUUGAGCGGUGGACCUUUGGCCCUCACCAGCGAAAAGGUUGAGCCACCAGCCAAGCGCCAGCGAACAGCCGCGGACUUGGAGCAACAGAAGAAACAUGCGGACAAGUGGAACUUUGGCAACUCCGUCUUCGGUGGUCGUUUCAUCCCAGUCCUGGCCCUUUUUUCCCGGGUGGUCCUGGCCCGGUCUCAGGAGACGCUGAUGGUGGCCCACCACGAGUUGGAAGAAGCCUGGGCCAAGUGGAAGAUCGACCCCGUCUUCAAGGCCGAGCUGGCGCGGCUGCGGCGCGACUUCAUCGGUGGCCCCACGCCGCUGUACUUCGCCAAGCGCCUCACGGAGUUCUGCGGCGGAGCGCAGAUUUGGUUCAAGCGAGAGGAGCUGGCACACACAGGUGCGCACAAGAUCAACAACGCCAUUGGACAGGCGUUGCUCGUCUCUCGGCUGCAAGAGGCCGAGACUGGCGCGGGUCAGCACGGAGUGGCCACGGCAGCUGCCUGUGCGCUCUUAGACCUGGAAUGUGUGGUCUACAUGGGUGAGAUCGACACGGAACGUCAGAAGUUGAACUGCUUCAGAAUGCGCGAGCUGGGUGCCACCGUGGUCCCCGUGAAGAGCGGCAGCCGCACGCUGAAGGAUGCUGUCAACGAGGCGUUGCGCGACUGGGUGACGAACAUCCGCACCACACACUACAUCAUCGGCAGUGCGGUGGGACCCCACCCCUUCCCGGACAUCGUUCGAGAUCUGCAGAGCGUCAUCGGCAACGAAGCGCGAGCACAGAUGUUGAACCAGACCAGUGGUGAGUUCGGGCAUCCCACCUUCACCAAUGGUCCAGGACGAUUGCCGGUCCUUGAGCUGCAGCUGGCAGGGGAUGAUGUGAAGGAUCUCGUGGUGGCGUGCGUGGGUGGCGGCUCCAAUGCCAUCGGCAUGUUCAACGCCUUCUUGGAAGACAAGGAGGUGCGAAUCAUCGGUGUGGAGGCUGGAGGUGAACAUGGCCCCUGGCUGCCAGAUGGCUCCGAUACGGACAAGCACUCGGCUACCUUGACCAAGGGGACCGUAGGCGUGUUGCAUGGCUCUCGGACCUACCUCUUGCAGUCCCCAGACGGUCAGAUCAAGGAGACGCACUCCAUCUCCGCGGGCCUGGACUACCCGGGCGUCGGCCCGCAGCACGCCUCGCUGAAAGCCUGCGGUCGCGUAGAGUACGUCUUCGCCACGGACCAGCAAGCCUUAGAUGCCAUGAGAACCGUCUCCAGGAAAGAAGGCAUCGUGCCAGCCCUGGAGCCGAGUCACGCGUUGCAUCAGACCAUGGAGUUCGCCAAGUCCCUGCCGAAGGACAAGAUCGUGCUGGUGAAUCUCUGCGGUCGAGGCGACAAGGACAUGCUGCACGUGGCGAAGGCACGCGGCGUGGUCAUUGACACCGCGCCUUGGCGGAGCUGCAGAAGAUUGGAUCAAAACACUCAGAAGAACAAAGAAGAAUAG